AUGGCCCCUAAAGCUGCCGCUGCCUCCAAGCCCAAGGCUGCCGCUCCCGAGCAUGCCAGCUACCAAGCGAUGAUCACUGAUGCCAUCGUCAACCUCAAAGACCGCAAUGGAUCAAGCCGCAUCGCCCUCAAGAAAUAUGUAAAGGCCAACAACAAGAUCAACGCCACUGACAGCAUGUUCGACUCUCUGUUCAACAGAGCGUUGAAGGCUGGUGUUGAGAAGGGUGUCUUCGCUCAGCCCAAGGGUGCAUCCGGCGGAACCAAGCUCGCAAAGAAGGAGCCCAAGCCCGCUGCAAAGCCAAAGGCCGCCGCGCCCAAGGUUGAGAAGAAGACUGCCGCCGCCCCUAAGAAGAAGGCUGCUGCUCCCAAGGCCAAGGCUCCCGCCGCAAAGCCCAAGGCAGCUCCCAAGCCAAAGGCCGCCGCCGCAAAGCCCAAGGCUGCUCCCAAGAAGGCUGCUAAGGCCAAGGAUGCCCCAGCCGUCGUCGACAAGCCAGCCGUCAUUGGCAAGACCAAGUCCGGUCGCGUGACCAAGACCAAGGCAGCACCAGCGGCGAAGAAGGCCGCACCUAAGAAGAAGGCGACGCCAAAGAAGGCUGCCGCAUAA